AUGAGCGUCCUACCAUCUGCCACCUACCAAUCUCCGCCGCGGCUGGGCCGUGGUCGGCAGCUUAAUACUAUUCUCGAAGAAAAGGAAGACGGAAGUCAGGGCCUGAAAAGCGAUAGUGAGGGAGAUGCAAGCGAUUCAACCGUAAUCGGCCGCCCUGCAGCAUGGGAUCCGGCCCUCUUUACUGCCGCUGCUCAAAAGAGCUCACUCGCAAGAUCAACCUGCCCAUCCUCUCCAAUCUCUUCCUGUGCGCCUUCUCCUGCCAGCAGCGCUGGUGACGGCUACCGACGAAAUUCAGCCCGAAGUUCUCUUACUGGUAGCGAUGGAGGUACAGUGUUCAGUGACGACUGCCCGUCUCUUGCCAGCGACCCGACUAGCUUCGCGUCCGACUCCAGUAGAAACAGCUUUGCCAGCGAGAAGUCCAGCCGAAACCGCUACCCCGCUCUGAUAAUACCCAGAAACUCUUGGGGUCCGAUGGAUGCGAGUCCUAUCAAGGAGAUAACCUUUGGGAUGUCUCCUGCCACGAAAAUUCGGCUUUCCCCCGGUACACUCUCUGCCCUUCCAAGAGAUGUCCCGGAAAUCAGUGCGCCACCUUCGCUCGGGGACAGCAAUAGUUCAAUCUCUGAUUCACCGUGUAACACGGGAACUAGUGCUCCCGUCACUCCGGACAUGGGACAGCUCGAGGUUGGGGAAGGACAACCUUGGGAUGGUCCGCCGCCUGCGAAUCUCGAGUCACAGCCUCUCGAAAUAGCGCUUGGCGAUGGUCACAGUGUGAUCCUGUCGCCGGCGGAAGCCCAUUCGGGCAAUUCAUUUGGGAAUCUUACAUCACCAGCAGCAUUCACCGAGAUGAUUGUCAGUUUCCCAACUGUGCCUGGUGCCACCCCACAAGAUCUUUCUCCUCUCAUGCCUUCCCUUGACGAGCUCAAGAAGUUCGAGGACAAACCACCGUCUAAUGGAUCUGAUGUGGGGGUCAGACUUCCUCCAGAGGCAUUGCAGCUGCUUCAGCGCCUGGCCGGGCAGAGAAGCGCUGACGACAGGUCGACAAGUUCUGGCGGCUCACGGCAGUCGAAGAAAUCUGGGAAACGACAAGAAAUGCGCGAACGGAAUGAUCCGGAGCCCAUCAGUCGACCACGCAGCGCGGACGGGGAGACCCCAAUAUCCGACUAUAGCUUCUCGCAGCUGAGUAUUCCAUCGCCAGGAGGCUUCUUCUCUUCUCUGCAACAUGGCUCACGACACACCUGGUGUCUCACCAAAUCCAAAGGACCAAGCGUACCCAGCACCGCUACCGCAGAGAUGUUCUACCAUCGGCCUUGGGAAAACAACUCAAAGGACAAUGUCGUCGAGACAGUUCUCAUGAUUGACGAUACAAAUAUGACCGAAGGUCCGCCCACCGCAAAGCAGGCCGUCUUUAAUUUAGGAGAGCCGGGGGAACGUACGAGCCUGCAGUCCGAAGAUGACGACCUCUACGGUCCUGCCGCUGAUACUGGUGUUGGUCCCAGCAAGUCUUCUGAGGUGAUGACUGUAAACUACGAAUAUGACGAGAUGUACUAUGACGAGCUCAAAAAAGCUGCGGGCCAGAAUCUAGACCGCACUGGAUCGUGGCUCGCCGCACAAACAGGCUAUCUGUCUGCAAUCCUGGACUCCAAUCCGAAUGAGGAGAACUCUUACACUACUGAAACCCUCGAUGACAAGACCAAGGGAGUCCGUCGGACGGUGAUGUUCGCUGACAAGGCCAAGAUAGACACAGUUGUGGUUAUGAGGGGCCCAGAGAAGGGCAGUCCCGAUAGCGAACCCGAGGAAAAAGAGCCCAUCUUUCUCUCUGCUUUCCAGCAUCUGCUCGCUGUCCGCAAGCGCCAGGAUGCCUUCAUCCACUCAUCAUCUCGCCUUGACGCGAUACAAGCUAUCCGGAUUGCCCUGCCAGAAAAGCAUAUCAACAGUCUCCUCGGCCGGCACUCGCUGGUUGACCCAUCUCGUCCGAAAUAUUCUGGCCCAUUCAGUCAAAACCCUCGACAGACUGGGGUAUUCGAGCGCACGGCCGAACAACUCGCUUAUCGGGCGGUCGAACGCGAGCAGCUUGCACUCGGGUCCAUCGAGCCAUCGAAUUGGCAGAUUGAUGCUCUGAGGGCUGUGUUCAAAGGCCGUCUCCUCGCGUCUGAGGCAGCUUGUCAAAGGUUAAAAACCAAAGCCACAAUUCCGUUGGACGAUCCUGCAUGCGUGGGCAGCAAACGGCUUCGCGUUCUCGACCUUGGUGGGACAUCUUCUGCUUCGUGGGCCUGGAACGCCGCUCUGGAAUGGCCGAAUGUGAAAAUUUACACUGUCAUUACCAAGGAUCAAGCACGGUCUCAACGACCAGCCGAGACGACAAAACCUGAGGCUCCGACAAACCACCGUACUAUCUCUGUUCCGCACCUCUGGCAGCUGCCCUUCCGCAGCGGCCACUUCGACGUCAUCUCGGCACGUUCACUGCACGUUCUUCUCAAGCACAAUCCCGUCCCUGGCGUGCCAGAAAUUGACGAGUGGGUUCUGACUCUUCGAGAAUGUAUGCGGGUGCUCAAACCACAUGGGUACCUUGACUACAUGAUCAUGGAUUCAACCAUCGCACACGCAGGGCCAAGAGCAGAAGCCAUGUCGGUAGAGUUUGGGUUCGAAUUGCAUCGGCGCGGCUACGAACGCGAAGCAGCUCGAAGUUGGCUUCGACGCCUGAAAAAAGAGGGCUUCGUCGGCGUCAAGAGAGCGUGGAUGUUCAUUCCCAUCGGACGGAGGCCCCCCAAGGAAUCAGAAGAGCACGGUCACGGAUACACAGGGGGCUGGCAGACAUGGCGGCAAGGGGGCAAGCCGUUCGUACCCGCACCACGCCCAAUCAGCGAAGUGUCGACCAUUAGCAAGAUCGUCAAGCAAUACAUGGACGUGGAGGCCGUGCAAGGGCCAGUCGGUAGUACGCAGGACGUUGCAGACCUGACCGGCCUCCUCGGCGCCCGGAUGUGGGAGGAGUGGCUGGUCAAAGUGCGCGCCGAGUCGGGAAGAGAACAGAGCCGGUGGCUCGAAGGCGUCGACGAGGUGAUGGAGGAAGGCAAAGAGCACGGCUCGGGGUGGAAAGUGCUGAUCGGAUGGGCGAGAAAGCCAAAGCCCGACAAGGGGAAGAAGAGUGAACGAGCAGAGAUCACGGUGGCGGUUGAAGACAUGGCGGAGCUGAGCCCGAUUGAUGAAUCGAUGGAGAUGGGCAUGAUUCCUAUGGUGAUUCAAGAAUGA